CGUGGGGCCGGGGCGGGGCUGCUUUUCCUCCUCGGCGCGGGACCGGCCGCGCGGGCGGUGUGUCACGUGACCGGCGGCGGGAGUCACGCGGCGCGGGCGCGAUGGCGGCCCCCGCGGACGGCGCCGACCUGGAGGCCUCACUGCUCAGCUUCGAGAAGCUGGACCGCGCCUCUCCGGACCUGUGGCCUGAGCAGCUGCCCGGGGUUGCUGAGUUCGCCGCCUCCUUCAAAAGCCCCAUUACAAGUUCUCCUCCCAAGUGGAUGGCUGAAUUAGAAAAUGAUGAUAUUGAUAUGUUGAAGGAGUUGGGGAGCCUCACUACAGCUAACCUGAUGGAAAAAGUUCGUGGCCUGCAGAACCUGGCUUAUCAGCUGGGACUAGAUGAAUCCGGAGCUGGCAUAAUCAAAACUGCAGAGUAUUCAGAGUGCAAGCAUACUGUGGAAGUGUUAACUUGUGCUGGGCAAACAACACUUUAUCCAAAUCAUGAUGACAGUGAUGCCAGCCACUCCCCAUGCUGAUGAAUUGACACCUGGCAAUUCCAUCAUCAGCCUAUGCAGUAUGUAAAAAAGGUAAAUUACAUCUUUGUCAUGUGGUCUGAAAUCCUGGACUCCUGCCCUCCCACAAGUUCAGUAACCUUCCGUAAACAUUUCUGUAAUACUUCUAAACUAAUAAAAAAUUUUAUAUAUACACAAUCAAAAUAAAAAGACAACUUGCAAAUUACUAUUGCAGAAAAUCCACAUUGAUAAACAACAGAGAUACGAUCUUGACAGAGGCUUUUCAAGCAUCCUCACCUUUACUCUGAGUUCUUACUAAGGAAGAACCUCAAGCAACAAGGGUACUUGUGAUGGGGAAAUCUGUCAAUCUUUGAGCUAUCUGAACAUGGCAAACAAACUUAAUAUAGCGUGAAAAUAAUCCUCACUUCUUUAGUGUUGUACCCCCAUCUUCGUAUGCCACUGACACUUUUUAAGAAGUCAUUGAAUAAUCAGACUUUAGGAGAAGAUGAUAAUUCAUUGAAAGACAAUUUUGUAGAAAGUCAUCUCUGUAUCUUCAGCCCAGCAGAAUUAUAGUUGGACAGUAACUUCUCAUGGACAAUAACAAACUCUGAGCUGAAUGAAAAUGAUUAGAAGAACAAAUGAAAGUGUCAUAGACACAUUUCUGUAAUCACUAUAGCAAAAAUUUCCCACUGCAGAAAUACCAAAACCCAUGUUUUCUAUGUGCACAUCCCAGUAUAUACAUCAGCCAGAGUGCCAGAUAUGUCCAGAAGAGAUUAUAUGUGUGAUGCCAAAUAUCUCAGAUAAGAUAUGGACCUCGAUAUUUUUAGAAGGCAAGACAAGAGGAAAAAAAUUUAAAAAGAGAGAAAAAGAAAAUCAAGGAAAAGGAAUUGAAGAAGGCUGAACCCUUUUGCUUUUAUGUAAUGCUAGUAUUCUUGGAAUCAAAGUUAUUCUAGAGACAUGUUAUCCCUGCAAGUCAAUCCUUACAUCAGUGCUUUGAAUUUCUUUCAGGAGGAUGUGAAAUGCAAAAUCUUGAAGUCAAUUAUUGUGGCCAAUCAUAAAAUCCACAUAAAGACAGUUAAAAGGUUAAGGGGCCAGAGAAGUAUGGACCGAUCCAGUUUCUGUAGAAUGUAAUCCAUAUUCCUCACAGAGAAUGUGCAACAAUGCCAGUUUUAUUAAUGUUGUGUUAGAUUUUCAGCAUGGCAGGAUCUCUUCACAUUUGACUUCAUCAUCCACUGAAACUGCCGAUUUUUAGACUUGACCUUUUCUGUGGUGUCCUUUUGAGGGGGGUGACUGACUCCAGGCAGCUGAUGGGUGUACAGAAUAGGCGUUUUCUUGUUGGGUUUGUGUGGUUGACCUCUGGCCUGCCUGCUGAUUCCUAUAAUACAGAUCAGUGACCAGUGAAGCCAGAACAGUCCCUGCCUGUCUCUGUUAUAGACACCUCAGUAAGGAACAGAAAAGAGGAAGAGGGCUGAGCUUGAAAGCCCUUACUUAAUUGCUAGUAGAAAAAAUGGGUAAUAAGAAUGACCUUGCACCUUAUUUAUUGACCAGAUCUCUGGGAGGACAAAGUACUUGACUUGGUUCUGUAUCACUUGAAAGGCUGGCUCUGUGGUCCAUAGCUGAUGAGUAGGCGUAAUAAUAUAGGGUAAUUAAAUUUUGUGCUUGCAGGCACUUAGAUGCCAGGGAGGAUUUCCCUUCCAAAAAUACCACACACAUCUAACCACUUUCUUCAUAAUCACAGAAUUCUAAAGCUAGUCCUGAAGUCUCAGAAAUUCACCAUUUGCCAUCUUCCGUUUACUACAGUAGCCCAGAAUGCAGCAAGCUGUGUAUGAAAAGGUAGGAAGAGAGCUCAUCAGCAACUUGAGAAUGAGGGACAAGAGACCAGCAGAGCAAUCCAAGUGGACACAGAUGCUCAGGUUGCCUGGUUCUGUGGCCUUCAGUUUGUUCUCCUCUCUCUAUAUUAAAGUAACUUAUUAGUUAUGCUUAGUUUUAAUUUUUAUACAUAUAUAUAUAUAUACACACUCCCAAAUUGCCUUUCAGGGAAAGCAUUGGCAUCUAUCUUCCUAUUGUACUCUGCACGGAUCAGCUUGUCACCCUGUCUUAGAUUUCUCCCCACCUUUAGCACACUGAAGCCAAAUAACAUGUGUAAAACCAGCGGACAACUCACUUCUGCAGGGGCUCGUUGUGGGAAGAAUCAGGGUGAGCCCUGAUUUGCAGGAGGGAUCAGUUUGUAAUCAGAUGCACAGGAGGCAAAGGGAUCUGCAGGCCAUGGCUAUCCUUAACAGGAUUAGCUGUGAUAUUUUGCUCAAUAUGAAAUUGUAAUCAAAAAUUAGGGCAAAUAUUUUGCUGAAAAGUAUUUGGUUGAUGAUGGUUUCUCAAGAAAGUGUCAGAUUGAAAGUCAGAGGGACUAUGCCUUCCUUUGCCUUGUUUUGAUAAGAGAGCUUGAGCUGGGAUGUCCUACCUCCCUCUCAACUCGUGUUUUCAAUCCUUCUGUGGGCGUCUUUAAAAACCUGCCCUGUGAGACCCAGCACAUGUUCCUUUCCACAAGAACUGUCAGGGUGUUGUUUACACGUGCUCGUUCCAGCCUGAACUCUGAGGCAUUCCCUCACUGGAGAAAAGUGUAUGCCAGGUGCUGCAUUUCUCUAAGGGGAGUCCCCAGGAAGUCUUAGCAGAGACCUAAGGCAAAUCUGUGCAGUCAGAUGUUUGGUCAGAUGAUUUGAUGGUGCAUUUCUGCAUGGAAGCGUGAGUACCUGUGUACCACCACUGGAGACGACACAGGAGAAGACAGGCCAAAGAGCUGAACUUGGGUUUCCACCACGCAGGGGGACAGUGGAGAUGGAGUAAGGAUGGAGAAGUUCCGCGUCCCCAGCACCAUGUGGCUGCUGCCAAGCCACUGGCCCUGUGCCACGUAGCUGGGCCCCAGCGCCUGGACUGCUUUUCUGGCUGUUUCUCCCCGUCCCCCUUCUCCUCCCGGUGCCCGAGAGGCGGCUCCCUGUCCGUCUGUGGCGCAGGGAGCGCUGGCUGCCGCUCGUUAGAAGAAUUCCCCCAAGUCAGACCUAUGGUACGAGCCGUGUGAAGCGGAAGACAAUUAGGGGCUUAUUAGUGUCCUGGGGAGACGUGUAACUUGUGUUGCUGGGACUUACCAAAACAGCGAGAGUCUUACCGGCAAGCUCCAGCCGAGAAAAGACUGAGGGAUUGUCUCACCUAAUUAUGGGGAAUGGGCCUCUUUGUGUUUGUGAUUCGGUACGGUUGUCCGAUCGCUUUUCUCUGGCUGCUGGCUCAGGCCGAGCUGGAAGUGUGCUAAUUAGAAGAGAAAUGGACGUAGUGAUCCUGUCAGCUCUCGUUACCGGCGUGGACAAAGCCGAAUAUUAUUCUGAGGCAGUGUUUUGUGAGUGUCCCCCUUCCAGCUCUCAUUAAGGGCAAGGUUGGUGGACAGGGAGGGGACUUGACCACAUGGGUUGGCUAAUGGAGCACAGUUACCGUUACUGUGCUAAUUAACGGGCUCAGGAGGCAAAUGUUUCUCCAACCAGCAGUCCCAGCAGCUGCACCUGGUGCUUCCAAAACCCAGCCAUCUCACUGGGCAAGUAGGCAAACAAAUGUGUGUACGAGCGGAAAAGGGGUUACCUGUGACACAUCCAUGCCAUCCAGAAGUACAGAAGAACUAUUAAAAUGGUCAACAGAGAGACGGAAAGCGCAUAGUGCUGCAGUAGCAGCAGGUCGAGCUUCAGCAGUCCCUUCUCCCUAAGUUACCCUUCAUAUAGAGGGCAAUGUGUCAGCUGCUGCCCCUGGAAAGUGGGUAGCAGAGAGACUUGAGGAAUUGCCAAGGUCUCCAGGUGCCAUCAAGAAAUACAUCUCCUGUGAGUUGUUGUGUUCAUCAAGAGGUCCUAGUGUGGCCAGGAAGGGGAAAGCUGGAAAGAUGGAGGUGAAUCAGACUAUCCCUCUCUAUGCUGAUGAUGGGAUGCUUGUGGUCUGAGCUGGCAAGAUGCAUGUAUAUAUCAGGACGUUUCUUUUGCUCCAAAAACCAGUUAGGCAACAUUGAAAUGAUUCACAUAGGCUAAGGCAGGUGAAGAGGAUGACCAAAGGAGUCAUAGGAAAUGCUAAAAAAAAAAAAAAGUGCAUUUACAUGCCACUAGCCUAAAACUACUACAGUGAGAGUAGGGAGUGUGAUGGCAGAAAGUGACCUACUACAGAAAGAACAGAGAGAGUCAGAAGACAAGACAGGAGCCAGAGCAGGUCUGUAGAGUCACAGUGGCUGAGAUGAACUCAACAGAAGGCAAGAACAGUGUGUGCUGAGGAGGCUCAGUGGAAGUAAGUAGUUUUAUUAACUUGUCACACAGACUGUCAUUUUAACGCAUAGGUGUUUUGUAAACAAACAGAGUAAUUGCUAGUUGAUGUCUCCAAAGUUAUGCAAAAUAUUAGUUAUUAAGUCUGAUUUGGAUGUUAUGGUCAUACUAAAGGUCUUUAAUUAAUGUCUAUACAUUAAACACAGUAAAACAUAAAACUAUGCCUUAAAGCUUUUAAUUUGCUUUCUCUCUUUUAACAGUGUAGUCACUGCAUGCACUUGUGCAUGCUUGGGAAUUGUUUUCAGUCAUACUUGAUCAAGGGUUAAAGUUACAAGAGGUUCCCUCUUUUGUUUCUUGGGUUAUUUGUCCCUGGUGAUGAAGCUGUUCCAGUAGGAGGGUUAGCUGUGUCUUCCCAAGGCUCCAGCAGCAGUCUCCUGUCAUCAUGGAUGGAGCUUGAACUUUGCUCUGUGCUUUUGCCUCCUUAUUUUUCCUGUUUCCCAUAGCUGUGAACCCAGCAAGGAUCCUUUCACUGUGGCAGCACAUACACUGUCCUUACCCUGCAGUCCUGCAGAGCUGUAAAAGCCUUUCCCUUUUAACUGAGGUUCACUUCCUACUGGCUGCUGUGGUGACUUGAAUCUUAGGAGUCUUGAUGCGGAGACUGAUCUCCAAAGAGGGCUUGAGAAGUAUCUUCUCUGUAAAGAGGUUUAUUCUAGAAGGAGGAGAUAUGUAAUCCUCUUACUAAAACCCAAAGAGGAAAGGAGAAAAGGUUUAUUGCUCCUGCCUUACCCCAGUGAGCUGGCAGCUUUUAUGCUGCCUCACAAAUAGAGAGGCAGAGAGAAACAUCUUUGAACUCCACCUGACCUGAGGCUCUCCAGUAGAUGUUCAGUGAAACCCAUGUCUCCACUGCUUUCAAGUGUCCCAGCAGAACAGAUCCAUAACCCUAGUUUCUGAAAAUGAAAAACUACUCCCUGUUAUACCACAUGGCCACUUACCUUGCCUUCCAGAUGCUUCAGUUUUGGUCUAAGGAGAAAUCUCAAAUCAGUGACAGAAAAUCAGACACCAUCACACUCAUUUCAGUUUUCGUGCUCUGUAAGUUCAGGAGUCGAGUGACCUCCCUGAGUAAGGGCUGGUGACAUGUCAAGCCUCCCUCAAGAGACUGGACAUCACUGGCAGAUGCCAGGAGAAAAGUCUCCAAGAAGACACAUCACUGGUUUUGCCAGUUUAUCUCCUUUCUUUGCCUGAGGAAGUAUUGGGGUCCUUGCUUGUUACACCUCUGUUUUACUGGCCUGUCAUCUUGCUGUAUUGAUAAUGUCAUGCCAAAUUUCUGACUUCCAAAUAUAGAUAAGGAUUGACUGAGUUGGUUUUAUGUCCUUGUGAGGACAUUUCUGAUGAAGAAUAUUCUUCAUACAGAUUAGCAGCACUCAAAAACAUUGUGAAGAUGGGUGAAAAAUAUGCAGAUGGAGGGAAAGGGUACAACGGUUCCUUUUGGCCUUCACUGAGACCUCCUGACAUUCACAUAAUGCUUACUAAUUGUACAGUACCUGGCCUGUGGGCUGGAGCGGUGUUUGGAGGACAUCCCUUUAGCAGUUUGAGUUAUCAAAUGCACCACAGUAGUCAUUUAAGUCAUGGUGACCUCAGCACAUAUCAAAACUUUAUUGUGCUGUCAUUCACAGAAACACAUAAUUAGGUGAAGGUCUCUGUCCUCAAGAGGUUAUAUGCAGAUGAAACAGUAAGAGACUGGGAGGAGAAAAGGAGAUAUCAAGAUGUAAAGAGACUUGUUAGAUGUUAUCAGCACAGUUCAAACCCUGUUACUUCUUAGCCACAGUCAAGUGGCCCUUUCAGUGCUUGCCAUCUGCCUUGUUGUUUCAUUAAAUAGAUGUGGUUUUAAAAGUAAAUAAAUAAAUAAAAAUGAAAAUGCCUAAGCAACUGGCAGGCAUUAGGAAUUUAAAUAAUAAUAAAUUACAGUGCAAUACAGACAUUUUAAUCUUUUUUUUUAAGACCUGUAAAAAACUAUUCUAUUAAUUUAAUUUUUUAAGUCACUUUAUGCAGUGUUAAAGAUUGAGAAUUUAAAACCGAGCACUAAAAAUUAAGGUUUCUCAGUGCUGUUAACUGCUACAGUGUGCACAGUGUAAACAUGCAUUUAGGAGAGAGCAAUGAGCAUUACAGAGAUCCUAAUAAUAAUUAUAACAUCUUCACUGAUGUAUAACACUAUUCUGACCUUGUGCACUCAUGCAGAGAGGGUGUAAGUGCUACUUUCCAGAUUUCAUGUAAUUCUGCAGUUGCUCCAGUCCAAAUGUUUGUUGACAGAGCAGGGCAGGAAAAAUAAUUUUUCUAAUUCUGCCAUGUUGAAAACCUUGCUCUUGCUCUGAUGCUCUGUGGGUCUGAUCCUGCUUUAAUAGAGAGUGUUAUGAAAAUGAUCACUGCAGCUCUCUAGGGAGCUUAAAACUAUUUGCUCUAGCAAAAGAGAUAAUUUUUUUUGUUCACUUCGAUAGUUUGAAAACGGAGGAACUUGCUACACUAAAUAUUAGUGUACCCCAUUUGUGUAAUGCAUCUGGGUAAGGUUUACAGGAGUUUCACUAGCAAGUUUUAAAAUAUUAGCAAGUUUUUUUUGUGGGAGACAACUGUGAAAAUGGAGUGAUAAUGGAGGACUAAAAGAAAAAUAGAGGUGAAUGAGAAGAACUUAAAAAUAGGGUUCUUAGAGGACAGGAGACCAAGAGAGAUGACAAAGCAGUUUGGAAGACAGCAAGGCAUGGGCAGGAGGUUGGAACAAAUGCAAAGGAGUAAAGGAGGCAGAUGGUUACAAAUGCAAUUGAAGAAGAAAAAUUAUGAAAAAAAUCAAAACACAAAGGGAGCAAAUAGGAAUAGGUCGUGGGUUUCCGCAAGAAGGAGGUCAGAGAAGUAGAAGUUUCAUAAGCAGUGGAACUAGAAAGGGAAGCAGGAUGUUCCUUGUGGAUGUGUCUCUCAAGACUGCAUUGUGUGUGGAUUCUCCGAUGCCUCCCAGAGGUUGUGCUCGCACUUCAUUAAGGGCAGUCACUGGAUUUAUUUCUUGGUCAGCCCGUUAAUGUAACCAAUGAACAGAAAUGUAUUGCCUACACUCUGGAAAGUUGUCUGGAAUUGCCUAGAGCUUCAGAAGUCGUUGGUAUACCCAUGUACACCUGUGGAUGGAAGCUAAGAUUAGAUUAGAUAGUUAAUAGCUGAAAUUGCAAAUGGACAGAGUGAGUGAUAGAGAAUGGGAAAACAUUAGGAAAAUGGGGAUUUAUAUCUGCUAUUAAUGCAUUUAAUUUGCUUUACUGCCAUUUCCUUUCCUGGUUUUACAUUUUUUAAAAAAUGAACAAGGAUCUAUUUAAAGCCCUCCUCCAAAAUCAGGCUAACUUCACUGUGAGUGUCUGCACUGGUUGUUUCUGGGGAGAAGAAUCUCGUAACUGCAGUUUUGUCUCCAGUACGUGACGAGAGAGACUCCGGGAGCUCCCCCACCAGCUACACCAUCAAAACCUGCUUGGAACCUUACUGGAAGCGUAUGUGGGAGACAGAUACUGCAAAAAGCCUUCUGGUCUUUCCAUAUUGGGGUGAAUUGCAGCUCUAUUGCUCAAACGCUCCUGCUGUUUUUCUGCUGUCCUACACUGCAAAUUCCCAUCUCAUUGGUUCCUGCUGCAGUGAUUCUCAUCUGGUGUUUUCUAGGGACCUCCUCCUGACUAUACUGUACUUGUAUUUUUGCUGGGAUCCCAUUUUAUUUUCAGCUGGUCUAUCCCACAUGUCCUUCCGUAUUUCACUCUCUUAAUAAAAUUUCCUGAUUUCCAGGCAGAAGGUGUCAUGUUAAGAGGUGUUAAAUAGGGCAGAACUGACUGCUGAUCUCUGGGAGACCUCUGCCUCCCACACAAUACCUUUUUAUGCAUCACUAUCCUUUAUUUGUGGGUCUCCAGCCAAUUUUUCAUUCCAUCUAGUGGUGUAGCCAAACCCAUUUGCAUUAAUUUUGAGUAGGAUUUAUCAAAUCUUUACUAAAAUCCGAAUGUAUCAAAUCCAUCGUGUUCCCUUCAUCCACUAAUUUUGUAAUUCUAUUUUUAAAAGCAAUCAGGUUUCUCCAGCACAAUUUGUUCUUUAGAAAUCCCUAGUGCUGAUGCUUGUUUUCUGAUCUCUAGGUGGUUAGUGAUUUUUUUCCCAUGUUUUAAAUUCUGUUAUUUUACUGGAAAUAAAUA